GACGUCGGCGGCUCGCGUAUAUAUAUUGAAGGCGAAAGACAAAUCCAUCAAUGAAAUAGUAGAGAGGUAGACUCUGGGAGAGAGACACACCGACAGCAUUCCCGACUAUAUUGACAAAUACAAGAAGACCAACAAUGAAGUUUAUCAUUGGAAUUGGAGGCGUGACAAAUGGAGGGAAGACAACGUUGACGAAUAGACUUUUAAAGACUUUACCAAACUGUUGUGUAGUACAUCAAGAUGAUUUCUUCAAGCCCCAAGAUCAAAUAGAGGUCGGGGACGACGGCUUUAAACAGUGGGAUGUGAUGACCUCCUUAGAUAUGGAUGCUAUGGUGAACACGGUUAAGGGAUGGAUCGAGAACCCGGUCAAGUUCGCCCGCUCCCAUGGCGUCACCGUUUCAGCCAUCCAAGAUGGCUCAGACCCUCAUCAAAGUGAGAUCCACAUCCUUAUUGUGGAGGGAUUUCUGCUUUAUAACUACAAGCCUUUGCUUGAUGUCUACAGCAAGUGUUACUAUGUGACCAUUCCAUACGAGGAGUGCAAAAGGAGAAGAAGUAUGAGAACCUACACCGUUCCUGACCCUCCUGGUCUGUUUGACGGCCAUGUUUGGCCCAUGUACUUGAAAUAUAGAAAAGAGAUGGAGAAUAACAACCUUGAUAUCCACUAUCUGGAUGGGAUGAAAUCCAAAGGUGAGAUCUACAACAAUGUUUAUGAAGACAUUCAGAACGCACUGUUGAAUAUUUUAUAGCAUCUGCUGUUAACAUGAAGAUGUUUGUGUAUAGAAUUGUAAAUAGCAUUAUAGUAGAUAUGCCAUCUGCUGCUGUAAAUAUGAUAAAAUAUUAACUUAUUUUACAACUGAUGGCAAAAGCCUAGAAUUUUGUAUUGAUCUGAAUAACUUUAUUAAAAACUCAUUACUCUCUGGACUGCCAGAGACGAACACUGUAUGCCUGUUAAGACUUUAUUUUCAGUUUACUUUGACUUAAAGCUAAAUCACAAAUGCAAAAAAUAUUUAACACACUGUAUUAUUUGGGUUUUCUUCAUUGGUGUUAAUCAUCUUGUAAAAUUUCUGGACUGUAUUAUCUGUUCAUAUAAAGUAUUGCAUACUUAUUUGGUAACUUCAUCCGUUUUUUGUCUUUAAAGCUAAUGUACUUAAUGCAUUAGACAACUCAAAUUCAUGUACUGUAGAUCAUCACACUUGUACAGUAUUUAUCAAUCACACUUUAUUAAAGUAUAUUCAAAGCACAUAAACAAUUAAACUCACAAUGCAUAUAUUACUUUUAUGCAUGUUUUUCAACAAACCCUUAAAAGCUGUAAGACAAAAAUAAAUAAAAACAAAUG